AUGUGGGCACUAACCACCGACUUUGACCAGGAUUCAGAGACCUGUGAAUGGCUCCAUCCAAUGAUCCUGGCCGCCAAAGCCAAUUCCGAAGAUAAUCCAGGUUGGGAAGAAGCUAUGAACGGUCCACUAGCCAAUGGUUACAUGGAAGCAGCAAUCAAGGAGAUCAAGACCCUACAGCAAAUGGAGGUCUGGGAAGUGGUUCCCCGACUUCAAUCAAUGAAUGUCCUUCCCUCAACAUGGGCAUUCAAAUGUAAACGAUAUCCAGAUGGGAAAGUUCGAAAAUUGAAAGGACGGUUCUGGGACACGCCUCGGAUUGUAGUGAAACCAAAGUGUGACGGGAGACAGACAGACUUUUCCUCCCCCCUCAGCACGGAGACAUCAAAUUCAAGCUCCACUUUGUUCCAUUGA